AUGGCUCCUGGGGCUGGUAAACCUGCACCUAGUAAACCCAAACGGGUCAACGCCUUCAUCCUCUUCCGAACGGAGAAAAGCAAACAAUUUAAAGGGACGCCUCAGACUCAGGUUAGCAAGAUUAUUGGGGAGAUGUGGACGAAGCUCUCGGAUGCGGAGAAGAAUCGCUGGAGGAUUCGUGCGCGUAAUGGAGAGGAGCUAUCCAGCGACGAUAAUGACGACAACGACCUUGCUGAACGCGAGAACAAACGACCCAAGAACGAUAGGACUAUCGCCGCCUUGAAGAAGCCCGGGACUUCAAAGGUCGUUCCUGCUCCCCCAGUGACGAGGUCCAAGGCCGCUCAGAAGCCUAAGGCAGUUGUCGACAAGGGAAAGAAAACGGUUACGGCUGCGCAGAAGUCGGAAAUCGCUAAGAAGGUCGCGGAGAAGGUUGUCGAGAAGAAUGCGAAGGCCGUUUCCGAAGAGUCCAUUGUUGGCCCAAGCGCUAUGCCAGCUCCCGUCGUAGAGACACCGAAGGAUGUUGAGAAGAGCGCUGAACAGGCUGCGGAGACGGAUGCAAAGACCUCCGAAGUGCCAGCCAUCGUCGUUGUCGGGCCAAGCGACACUAUGCAGGACGCUUCUGUUAUUCAAGCCUCGAUCACCGAGGAGGCCAGUGUUGCGGUGCCACCCGUCGAGGACGAGCCCAACUACAGCGCCUUUGUUGCUGGAAUCCCACCGGUGUCCCCGCCUGCGAACAAGUCCUUCGACCUUACCGAGAAGACUCUCGACGAGCCUCAGGACGAUCCCACCGGGAAGGCUGCCGAUGAACCCGAGGAUAAUCUCAAGACCACCAUUGAGAUCCCGCCUAUCCCUGGCAUUGUUGGUCUCACCAUUCCCGGACCUUACCAAAUCAUUGCGAUCCACAAGAUCGAUAACCCGCCUUACAGAGUUGCGGGCUUGACGACUCGCACCCUCUGA